UCCCUGUCGCGGUCUGGAGUGGGGUCCCGAGUCGGGGAGUGAGGCGGCGGGGGACUGUCGGCGACCCAUGACUGAGCUCCGAGCCCCUGGCCGGUGAAGGCGGCGUGUAAGGAUGACGUUUGAUGAUGUGGCCUUAUAUUUUUCGGAGCAAGAGUGGGAGAUCCUGGAGAAGUGGCAGAAGGAAAUGUAUCAGCAAGUGAUGAAGACCAAUUAUGAGACUCUUGAUUCUCUGGGUGGCGUUUUUUCCAAGCCAGAUUUGAUUUCCUGGAUAGAACAAGGGAAAAUGCUGUUAAUCAGAGACCAGGGACCCUUGGAGAAAAACAUAACACUUAGCCCUUCUACUGAUGAGCAGUGGGACUUGCAGAAGACUGGAAAGUUGCCGUAUUUUGGUGACCAAGGAACUCUCAGGGCAAAAGAGAAGGAAGGCCAUUUAAAUGGUCUCCUAAAGCAGGGUUCAUGUGCUACCUUACCAGGGGAGGAAAGAAAGAUCUUAUCAGAUGAAAGAGCAACCUUACAGCAUCCAAGUCUCCAAGAAAUAGGGAUUGUACAUAAAAACCUUGACCUCAGAGCAUCUAAUCAGGAUAACAGCAAUCCAUGGCAUAAGCUGAUAGGUACUCCAGGUCACUUGGAAAUUCCACCAGGACCAAGAUUUUAUUCCUGCUUUGUCUGUGGGAAGGUCUUUCAGCUAAAAAGGGACUUGGUAAAGCACAAAAGAAACCACGCUAAGACUCAGCCCUGUAAAUAUUCAAAGCACAAAAACAAAUCCAGAGGGACCCCUGAACUCAGGUGGAACCGGAUGAUCCUGUGUAAGAAGAAGCGUUUCCAGUGUGGCAAGUGUGAGAAGAGCUACUAUCUCAAAUGCAGCCUGAUCACUCACCACCAGGUUGUUCACACGGGGCAGCGGCCCUUUCCCUGCCCUGAAUGUGACAAGACCUUCCAGUGUAAAGCCACAUUGAAGAAGCAUCUGUGUUUGCACAAAAGAGAGAAACCAUUUUCUUGUGAGCAGUGUGGCAAGGGUUUCACCCAGCAAUGCAAGCUCACUGAGCACCUCAGGGUGCACACUGGGGAGAAGCCUUUCCAAUGUCCAGAGUGCAACAGAGGUUUCCGCCAGCAGAGAAGUUUGAAGGCCCAUCUUUGCCAACACAAUGAGAAAAAAUCCUUCCAUUGUCCAGAAUGUGGCAGAAGCUUCUCCCGGAAGGCUGCCGUGAAGGCCCACCAGAGGAUACACAGUGGAGAGAAGCCGUUUUCUUGUGACGAAUGUGGUAGGAAAUUCACACACAAGACGAAACUCACUGAACAUAUCAGAGUUCAUACGGGAGAGAAGCCCUUCCAGUGUCCUGAGUGUAAGAAAAGUUUCCGCCUAAAGAGGAGCCUAAAAGCCCAUCUGUUUCAGCACAGUGGGAAGAAACCCUUCCAGUGUCCAGAGUGUGACAGGAGCUUCUCUUGGAAGAAUGCCAUGAAGGCCCACCAGCGUUUACAUAGUGAGGAGAAGCCAUUCUCCUGUGGGGAGUGUGGCAAGAGGUUCACCCGGCCCUCUAAGCUCACUCGCCAUAGCAGAGUCCACAACAGGCAAAAGGAAUUUUCCUGUGAUGAGUGCAAAAAGACCUUUCCUCGGCAGUCGAGGCUCACGGAGCACCUCAAGGUCCACACCAAAGAAAAGCCAUUCUCCUGUUCUGAGUGCAGCCGGAGCUUCAGCCGACACUCGCACCUCACUGAGCACAUGAGACUUCACAGUGGGGAGGAGCCUUUCCAGUGUCCUGAGUGUGACAAAAGCUUCUUUUGGAAGGCCUCCAUGAAAUUCCACCAGCGGAUACACAGGGGGGAGAAGCCCUUUGCAUGUGGCGAGUGUGGUAAGACCUAUACUCAGCAGUCUCAGCUCACUGAACAUAAGAGAAUCCACAGUGGAGAGAAACCCUUCCAGUGUCCUGAGUGCAAUAAAAGUUUCCGUCUCAAAGGAAAUUUGAAAAGCCACCUGCUCCAGCACAGUGACAAAAAGCCAUUCUCCUGUGUUAAAUGUGGCAAAAGUUUCACUCAGCAGUAUAGGCUCACUGAACAUAUUCGAGUCCAUAGUGGUGAGAAGCCCUUCCAGUGUCCCGAGUGUGACAAGAGCUACUGCAUAAGGGGAAGUUUGAAGGUCCACUUGCAUACGCAUAGUGGAGAGAAGCCUUUCAGGUGCUCUGAAUGUGGCAAGGGGUUCCUCCAGAAGAGAAGUUUGAAGACCCAUCUGCACCAUCACAGAGGGGAGAGGCCUUUUUCUUGUGAUGAGUGUGGAAGGAGCUUUACGUACAUGGGAGCACUCAACACCCACGUUGCGGUACAUGCCAGGGAAAAGCCCUUCAGUGUCUAGGUCAAGCCGUGCAGAAAGGAAGCGGCGACAGCUUUUAGGCGGAGCUAGCAGCUCUUGGAUCCAUGGCCUAACCUGGAUAAGGAAUUCACAAAAUGCUGACCUCAGAUACACUGGCCGGCUGCAUAGCAGGCAGGGUGGCGUGACGGCUCCUUCACGAAGAUUCCAAAUAAUCCAGAUGUAAAAAAAGAGGCAUCUCCCCUCUGUAAUCCCCAUGGGCAAGGCUUGCCAGUCAUGGAAGGAACAUUUUCUCUCUGCUUCCUAUUACCAGGCCUCCUUAUUUAAAUUUGUGUUGAGAUUUUCAGUUUUCUCAUAGUGAAUUUUCAUUUUCUCUCACGUGGUGAGAAAGCAUCUGUGUCUCGGGAGGAUUUCUCUCUAUUGCCAAAAAUAAAUGUCAUCUACCAUCUCCUUUGUUAACGA